ACACAGCUAGGCUCAAGUGCUCUCCCCAGCUGGCAUCAACCACUCUGAGCUUGGGGUCUAGAGGGCCAGUGAGGGGGACCCCUGCACAGGCUUUCCUGGAGUUAAGAGUGGAGGGGGUCCCAGGACAGGUCUGAGCUCAGACAGGAGCCUCUCUCUCUCUCUCUCUCCCUCUGUCUCUCUCAAUUUCUCUAUUUCUCUGUGUCUCUGACACACACACACACACACACACACACACACACAUACACACACCCAUGGGGAGCCACCCCACCCCUGGGUUCCGGAGAAGCACAUCAGCUGGGUACCAGCUGCCCUCAACCAGGCUGACAGCCUUAGACUCCUCCACGGCCCGGGGUUGCCCUGUGGUGGGUGGGGGUCUCGCCGGCAAUCGCCAAACCCCCCAGGCCCCAAAAGCAGAGCACUUGGCCCUGGAAACAAAUGGUGUGCAGCAGGACCAGCUGUGGAGGGAGCUCUUGGAGGCUGAGAGGAGGGGCCAACAGCACUGGGCUCAGCACUGGAGUUUCCUGAAAGACUAUGACCCCCUGGGCGACAAGAAGGAGCCUGUGCAGUUGCCGGAGUACGUGCCUCUCUUUUCCGACACAGUCCCCAACUCCACGAACCGGGUGGUGGGCAGCAGGGUGGACACGCCCCUGGGGCAAACCCUCAUCGGCAUGGACUUCUUCUUUGUGGAAGGAGUCCGGAAGAAGAAGCUGGAAGACGAGCUGCAGCCCGUGUAGGAGGCGGAGCGCUGGAGGUCAGAAAUCCAAAGUGGGUGUCACCGGACUGAAAUCAAGGUGUGUGAGGGCUGCGUUUCUUUCUGGAGGACAAAGGCAUCGGACUCCUCGCCUUUUCCAGCUUCUAGGGAGAGGUUGCCCACAUUCCUUGGCCCGUGGCUCCCUCCUCUCUGAAAGCAGAAUGGUAGCAUCUCCAAUCUCCAAACCUCUCUCUCUCUCUCUCUGCCUCCUCCCCUCCAUCUUUUAAGACAUCCAGGAUAAUCUCUCCAUCUCACAGUUCUCAAUUUAACCAGGAUGCAAAACCCCUUUUGCGUGUAAGGUAACAUAUUCCCAAGCUCCAAGAAUUAGGACAGGGGCG